AUGCCUCCUUCCCAAUCAAUCAUACGAGCGCUACCUUCUGAUGUGAUUGCAAAGAUCAAAUCAUCUACAGCGAUCGUGCAUCUGACUGGUGUCAUUUUGGAGCUAGUCAAGAACUCUUUGGAUGCUAAUGCAAAUACUAUAUUCGUCACUGUCGAUUUUAAACGUGGUGGCUGUAUAGUUGAAGAUGAUGGCGAAGGAAUUCCUCCAAGCGAGUUCGAGGUUACAGGAGGGCUGGGCAAGCCUCACCAUACAUCUAAAUUCAAAAUGAGUGGCUUGUAUGGCCACCAGGGCUUAUUCCUGGCUUCCUUGGCCUCCUUGUCUUUGCUCACUGUGACUUCUCGUCACAUUCGUCAUCCAUGCACAAACUCACUCAUUCUUCAUCAUUCGACGCCCGUGGCUCGGCUAAACCCUGCGCCGCCACAUCAAGUGCUUCGGUCUGCGAGCCAUGGCACAUCUGUGACUGUCAAUGAUCUUUUUGGUAACAUGCCAGUCCGCGUCAAGAGUCGAGCCCUCACUCUUCAGCGGCCGGACGAGCUAGAACGAGAGUGGGACCAUCUUAGGAACUCGUUGGUGUCUCUCCUUUUGGCCAAUCCUCGAUUUUCAAAACUAGUCCUUCUCGAUACGGAAAGAAAUAAACGGAUAUCCGUUCGUCUUGCGACUAUCUCCAUGGCCGAAACACGCAUCGUUCAUCCUCAGAUGGAGUUUGACCUCAAACGUAUCGGCUUGAUUCUCACACAAUCUGGAAUGAUCACACCACAAAGUUUGGAUGCUUGGCGUGAAAUUUCAGCGUCUGUUUCUGGUCUUGUGGUUCGGGGAGCAAUAUCUCUCCAACCCAGUCCGACUCGAAAGUGUCAAUUCAUCUCUUUUGGGAAGGAGCCGGUUUUCUCGCGCAAUAGCUCGAAUGUCCUUUAUAACGAAGUGAACCGGCUAUUCGGUUCGUCAGAUUUCAGUAAUGUUGGACUCAUGUCUAGCAGAAGCUCUGUUCCACAUCCUGCGUCUUCGGUGGAUCAGCUUGAUGUCCCAAGUGACGCAAGUACUCGAAGCUGGGCAAAUUCCACCAAUAAGUGGCCAAUGUUUUACAUCCGCAUUGACACGAAUGAUUUUAUUCAGUUAGAUGAUGAUGGAUCCGAGCAUCUUCCAGAAUCGGCGAAAUCGAUUCAACGUAUAGUUGAUAUACUUGGGGCCAUGGUCCAUGAGUUUUUGAAGCAACAAAAUCUCCGUCCUCGUAAUAGCAAACAGCAGAUCAUAUCAUCAAUCAAAAAACGGAGUAUCCGUUCCAAAGUAUCCCAAUCAGCUGGCAGUUCUCGUGGCCCCUUUCAACAAGGCCAAUCUCUUUCGGGCACAGAAGAGGCAUUCAGCGAUCGUCUGAAGAUCCCAUCAUUCUCAAGAGUCCAGUCCCCGAACUCUGGCCAAAGCUUCGCCAAUUGGUCCAGGGUAAAAGCCGCCAAGGACUUCAAAGGACAUUCUCCGAUGCAUCGAGCACCUCAGCGUUCUCAUGCGGCUUCUGGUGUAGUACAGGGAGAGAGUUCCUUGUUUACCCUCCCUAAGCAUAGGCCAAGCCGUCGAUACGAUAGCCAGGAGGGCACAAUACUUCUAAUGCCCGUUAAUAAAAUGGUUGAAGGCAGAGACAAAGAAAAGGAAGUCCCUGGAGACUCGACGUCAGACAAGAUGAUCACCUGGAUCGAUCCACAUACCAAGCUGGCCUAUAUGAUUAAUCCUCGAACGGGCCAAACGAUGUACUCUCGGAAGUCAUCAGCUACCCAGUGCUCUCCCACCUCUCAUAUCGAUACCUUUUCCAAGCAUCCAGUGCAAACCCCUUGGAUUGAAAACCUGCUGGAGACAUGGGACAAUCCUUCAUUCAGCCGAACAGAAAUGCCAAUACCAAAUUUGGGCACAGAGUCUGCCCAUCAGCAUAGUGCAAUUACUUCUUCGCACGACUGCUUCAAGGGCAUUGGAUCGCUUGAUACAGCACAGGUUGCCAAAUAUCGAGGAAAAAUUCAUCGCCGUGCGCUCAAGACUGCCGAAGUGAUAGCCCAGGUGGACAAAAAGUUCAUAUUGGCCAAGGCCCAUACCACUCCUGUCAAUCUCAAUUGGGAGGGGCCUUCAGACGAUGUUCUGCUUUUAAUAGAUCAACACGCGGCCGAUGAGCGGUGUCGAAUUGAAUUGUUGUUCGGGGAAAUGUUCGUUUCUACUGAGCAAGAUGACAAUUUAGAGUCGGGAAGUCGAGUGCGCACUGUCCAGGUUGAUUCUUUAGCAUUCGAAAUUUCAUUGACGGAAGGCGAUCUUUUCCAAAAAUAUAUGAGUCUUUUCUCAGUCUGGGGUAUUGAGUAUGUGACACAUCGCAAGACCAACUCCACUGUCUUGAUCGCCGUGCAUACUCUUCCUGUUCUAAUAGCUGAACGCUGUCGACUCGAGCCUCGUGUGCUGAUUGACUUGAUGAGACGUGAGAUCUGGUCAAGUGAGGAAGAUGGCAGGAAGUCAUUCCAGUGGAAGAAAGCAUUUGAAGACGAAGAUGCCGACCAGGAUCUCGAACUAUCAGACAGCGAUGACGUGGUACACAAAGGAACAUCUGCCUCAUCUGCCUCGCGCUCGUGGGUUCAGCUUAUGAAUGGAUGUCCUCAAGGCAUCAUGGAUCUUCUUAACUCUCGUGCCUGUCGCACUGCUAUCAUGUUCAAUGACCCGCUGGACCUUGGAGACUGUCAGGCCUUGAUCUCUAGGUUGGCUCGUUGUGUCUUUCCUUUUCAAUGCGCCCACGGCCGCCCUUCAAUGAUCCCUAUACUUGACCUACGAUCCCUAUCUGACACUGCUGUUUCAUUACCGCUAGACCUGGAUAAUGGAGUAUCCGCUUAUGAUAACGACGGCAUGAAUCUGGAUUUUGUGGAGGCGUUCAGAACACGUUAUGUAACAUAA